UGGCGGCCCACUGGGCAUUGAAGUUCAGAAAGUCGUAUGGUCAUUUCGUUUAGCAUAUAACGGAAAAAUAUAAUGCUCUUGGGAGACAUUCUUAAUGGAAAAGAAAAAUCUCACCUUGUUGUCAUACAUGGUAAGCAUUUUUUUCUCAUUUUAAGAUAAGAAGCUUCAGAAAAUCAGGAUAACAUUGAGCGCAACAUCAACGCUUUGCAGCCCAAGCUUUUCAUGUUUCUUUAACUUACCUUGCAGAUAACAUAAGUCAGAGUGGCAGGCCUUUAUUAUACUGCUUUGUAAAGUCUCUGCUUAAAAGGUAAACAGUUCCUACCAGUAUUUAAAGCUAGCUUUUCAUUAUUUAAAAAAAAAGGAAUAGCCUUACUUGCAGUAGACUGAAAAUUCAGCUAACAUUUUGCGACCCUUCCGCUGUUUUCCGCAAAAUGAGUAACACGUCAUCAGAUGGAAUGAGACAUUCCAUUUUUUAUCCGCAAGCCCUCUCUUCAACCCCCCCCCCCCCCCCCCCCCCCCCCCCCACCCUUUUUUGUGGUUUCCGAUAGGGUCCUUCCGGAUAUUAUUAAAUUAUGCCCUCUACGGGUGGUGAGGGGGGGGGGGGGGGGGUGGAGGGGGGGGGUGGGGGAAAAAAAAGGGAAUUUUCAUUUCCUUCUGGUGAGUGUUACCUUUUUUUGGGAAAAAAAGGGGAGGGGGCGCAAAAUUUUGGUGUAUUUUUGUUUUUUAUCAAGUAAAGGUUUUUCUUUUUUUUUAAAAUAGUAAACCAGACUCAUAGUGAAAGACAACUUCUCUUUUUUUACCCCCAACCCCCCUCUCCCCCCCCCCCCCCCCCCCUCACCACCCGUAGAGGGCAUAAUUUAAUAAUAUCCGGAAGGACCCUAUCGGAAACCACAAAAAAGGGUUUCGCAGUAAGCAUUUUAACCAAAAGGGCCUGUCGGAAACUCAUAUUACUCGGAUUACUACAAGGCCUGUGGGAAUUGGGCCCUCCCUUCUGUGUAUGGAGAUAAGAGACCUGUACAAAUCGAGAUUAAGAGAUAAGGGCCUGUCGGAAUCAUGCCUUCGAUAGGGGGGUGUGGAUAAAAGUGGAAUGUUCCAAUCUCUGUGCUUGUUCCUCAGACAUCAUUUCAGGGGGGACCAGUGGUGACUAUGAACAAGAAAUAAUGACUUUGAACGUUAGUUAAAAUAAAGUUAAAAAGACCUUCUGUUUUACUACUGAUCAAAAGUUUAUUUGUGACACUUUCAUCUGUCUGUCCAUGUCAUUAACAAAACCCUCCUGUUUCAAGAAUCGGAACCCAUUCUCUUCCAACUCUGCUUAUGACACCAUCACUUAUGGUUUAUUGAAAGCCAGAUUGUUAGAGUCAGAAAAGAGACAUAAGUGUGAACUUAUCACAUUGCUUACUCCCAUGCGCUUUUAUUUGUUUAGUCCUUCCACUUUUACUUAUCUGGUAAGUGACGGAGUUCUAAACAGAAUUGGAAAACUCUUUUCACUAGAUCAUGGCGCUUGGUACUUUUGUUUAUGACUCUGACUAGGACUGCAUUGCCUAUCAAAGCCAGCCCAAAAAGACAUCAUGGGACUUCUUUGAACAUUGACACAUUAGAAGAAUUUAUUCCUGCAAUUUUUUUUUCUUUUUUUUGCAAUGUCCAACUAUAAAAUUCUAAUCAAUAUCCAUUACUUCUUUUUAGUGCUGACUAUGUGCAUGCUCUACUCUGGGAUGUUCCAACAGACCAAUUUCUUUCUGCAUUUGAUCCACAGAUGAGAGAAAGGUCAGAAACAGGUUGUGUAAUAUUAAUCAUCAAUCCCUUUCUCCCUGAAUAUUCUCUGUAACCUCUUCUGAAAAAGUGCUGCGAAUUUUGGGUUUUUUUUAACACACUUUAGGAGUGUGACUAGGGAUUUAAGUUCAUUCUGGUAGUUGAAAUUUGGUGGAUGUUUCAGGGUGUCCUUUUAUAAUUUCUUUUAGCGAGCUGAAGAAAUUAUAAUUGCUAAUAGGUAACUCAUGAAAGAUAUUUAGGUUUUAAGAUUGUACGUGGGAUUUUAUUUCUGCUAUGGAUAGCUGAAGUAUGCAUAUUUUUUGGUUUGAAGUAUAAUACUUCCAGCCAGUACCGACCACUGUAAAAUAUUGGUCCUAAGGCAAGCAAAGUAUAAUCAACUGGAUGGUUCUCCUAAUAAAUUACUUCAUAUUUUUGGAACUCUUUAACAUCAGGUAAAGACACUGUGGGUGUUAUUUCAUGCACCCCUUCAAUUCAGUUUUACAAGGGCUUAAUUUUUUGCAGGAUUUUUUGCUAUGAUGGUUUCACUGAUCCUUUAGGGUGGAAUCUUGAAUGGUAAGCUAAUAUUAGUCUGUUUUAGAAAGCUGUCUUUUUAAACUGAACAUCUAAAUGUGGUAAAGUCAUUAAAAGUGCUCCACUUAAGUUAAACACCUGUUUGGUAGCUGGUUAAUGGUUGACUGUUUUACUCAGUUAUAUAAUCUUUUAUUUUGAAGUUGUGUGAACACAAGUGGUCAGUAUGUAACGGUGGGUUUUUCUUUUUCAAGGAAAGGAUAAGAUUUUGUUUUGUGCACUUAGGAAAGGCUUUUGAUGAUGAAGCUAAAGGAUGCUAAGGAGAGAAAAGUUAUAGAUGAAAGCUGUGUAUGUAAAUAAUUUAUCAGAUCUGCUAAUUCUAUAACAAUUUUGUAAGUAUUUUUUGUACUUUUUGCAGUGGUGACAGUGACAAACAUGUCUGUACCAUCCAUCAAAACUCAAAUCUAGCUCAAAUUGUCAAGAGUAAACUGAAUAGUGAUGGUUCUGUAAGCAACUCUGGUAAGAGAACAAAGACCCCCAUUUACUUGCAUUAAUGAUCCAUAUGCCUGUACUGUAAGAUGCAGGCUUGUUAUUGUAAAAAUAAGCCAAACAAAUAGUAGACUGCCAUUUGUUAGGAUAGAUACGUGUAUAAACAAAUAAGUGCUUCCACCAUGCUUCCAUUUUUGAGGUCAAGGAAGACAAAUUUUGACCUUUUAUGUCGAGGCAAGAGGCGCUUAUAAAGAGGUGAUAAAUAAUUAACGCAACUGUUACAAUUUUUAUUUUCAAUGUAUUUUUUCAGGCAGUGUGAUAAAGGUGGCUAUUGUGAUAGAUUCCUUAAGUAAGCUGUUGGUUUGGAAACCAACAUCAGCUGUAUGCUCAUCACUGUAUCAGUUGUAUUCCAGCAGCUCAACAAACUCACAAACAGGUAUAGUGCAACUUCUGUGUACUUCAGUCCUAGGUUAUUAUUAGCUGGGUCAUUAGUGAUUUCAUUCCUGAUUUACUUGUUUGAUAAUAAUUAGUUAUUAUUUGUGCUCAAAAAAAUUAUUGUUAAAAGUUUUUUAUUCAAAAAUAGUCACAGCAGUUUGAUCAGCACACAAGGCCAAUUCUUAUUUGGAGAAAUUUGGAUCUGAUUAAAGUGAACACAACUUUUUACUGUUCUCAAUCCAUCAAACCCUUCAGUUUUAGAAUAAUUUAUUCCCUGUGAUUUAGCAGAUUUUGUUUUCAUUUUUUUUCUUUUCCUGUCCUCAGGUUAUCAGGUUGUACAAGUUGUUUGCUUGGUACAUUCUGAUCUCCAUAAUGAUCAGUCAUUAACUGCCGUUAACUUCCUGGCUUCAUCCAUUUUGAUGCUAACACAUGAAAAUCAACAACAAAAUACCGGUAUGUUGUCUGGUGAUCUGUUAAGGUGUCUUGCCAUCCAGCAGAUUCUGGACCUUUUAAUCUGCUGGGAGACUACUGGCCUGAUGUCACCCUUUUCAUUCAGUUACAUUCUGCCGUGUAAGUGACUUGUGGCUCAUAGAAUGAAUUUCGUUUCAGAUGAAACAGUCAGUUGGUGUAGACUGUUACACAAGAGGAAAACAGGAAAAGUGUUGAAGAAGGUAUGACUUGUCAAAUGGAUUUAAUAUGAAAAUGUCAGUACUGGAGAAAGAGGAGAGAUUCGUAGUGCUGUUAUUAUUACUCAAUUUCCUGAUGGAUUCCAUCUUAAUCAGCUCCACAAAAUGUUUAGUUCUCAGAACUAAUCAUUUCGGAAUUUUAUGGUACUCAAUUUCCUAAUGGAUUCCAUCUUGAUUCUUAAUUUUUGGCAUUGAUAGUGAUAAUAUAUUUAAACUGAGAAUAGAAGUAUUAAUUUAUCAUUAUCAAAUUGUUGUUGUGUUAUUUGUUAGGUUGAAAGCAUUACCAUUAAUGAUGAGUAUGAAAUGACAGAACACGAAGAAAGGGAGUGGAAUGCAUCCUGUUCUGUAAAAUAUAAUGAACCAGUUGCAGAGGUAUAAGUUUAAACCCUCAAACCUGUAGUAAAAUGUUCAGUGCAUACCCACUGAAACCUACUGAUACACUGCUAUCACGUUAAUUCAGUUUUUUCAACUGUGAGAUGAUAAAGUGAAUAUUGGUGGACAAUUCUCAAAAGCUGAUUUCUAUGGUACAUGCCCUUCCUCCAAGAUCCCUUGCCAUUGCUCCCACAAAGGGCCGGUUCAUAAAACAUACCUUCUGGUGUGUAGAUGAGGGGGUGCUUGGAGUAAGUUCCAGCUGAUUUUUGACAAACUUCUAUAUUCCCCUUCCAAUUAAUUGUCUUGUUGUUGUUGUUGUUUUCAAUUUAACCCUUUAAGCCCUAUUAAGAGUGAUCAGCAUCAAAAUUCUCCUUGUAAUAUCAAUGCUUUGUAAAACGGAGUGGUCAUGAGAAUUACGGACAUGAUCACACAGGAUAAAUUUGCUUGAUAUUUGAUUAACUUCUCCCCACUACUUCUGUAGGAAAUGAAUAGGGGCAACAAAUGAGAAUUCAAAUUUUGAUCUUAGGGUUUAAAGGGUUAAGGUAAAACUUGAUGUUAAUCAGAGCAGAAGUCACUUUCUAAAUGGGGCCUUACUGUCUGUCUUAAUGCACCCCUACAAUAUUGCAAUUUCUCCACCAACACAGCGGUCAUGUUUCUUCAAGCCCAUACCCCGUUAUUUUCCGUUUUUUCAGAGUCUCUUUCCACCUGCACCUAAGAAAUCAGGGAAAAGGGUGUUUUCGUUUUCAGCCUUAAUUAUGUACUACAGAAAAGCAACUAAUCAUCACCUUCCUAAUUGUUCAGGUUGAUCCAACUCAGAACCUGACAUUUAAUCUCAAAUUGACUGAUGACGAACGACAAGCUCGAUCAAACCUUCAGCUUCCCUACAUGUACCAUGAGAAGAAGACAAGUGAGGUUACAGUACACCCCUCAGGGGAGGGGAAGGUAUUCUACCAACCUGAUGAAGCAGAUGAUUUUGAUGAUGAGGAUCCUGAUGAUGAUUUGGACAUUUAA